AAACACUCACACACGCACUCGAUCAGUCACACACUGAGUUCGAGUGUAUUUGUUUAUGAUCACAAAGAUGGUGAGAACCCCAUCUUGUGACAAAAGUGGAAUGAGGAAAGGAACUUGGACUCCGGAGGAAGAUAUGAAGUUAAUUGCUUAUGUCACUAGAUAUGGUUGCUGGAAUUGGCGCCAACUCCCCAAGUUUGCAGGUCUUGCAAGGUGUGGGAAAAGUUGUAGAUUGAGAUGGAUGAAUUAUCUAAGACCAAACCUCAAAAGAGGGAACUUCACUCAAGAAGAGGAAGAAUGCAUCAUUAGAAUGCACAAAAAACUUGGUAACAGAUGGUCUGCUAUUGCGGCUGAGUUACCUGGAAGAACAGAUAACGAAAUAAAAAAUCAUUGGCACACCACACUCAAGAAAAGAUCUCAACAAAACACAGUCACAAUUGAAGAAACUAGAGUCUCAAAAUCAAAGAAUAACGAAUCAGUUCCCAAUAAGGGGGUAACUGUUACUCUUCUGGCUACUUCUUCCCAGAUGUCAGAUAAUUCAUCAAUAUCCCCAGUUUCAUCCUCCUGCAGCGAGUUUUCCUCCAUAACUUCGUAUCAUUCCACCGCUGCUAGCUGUAUGGAGAAUUUGGUGUUUGAAGAUGAUGACUUCGGUUUUCUUGAUUCAUACAAUGAAAGCUUCUGGACACAACUAAAUCUGGAUGACAUUUCCAACAAUGCACCAUGUGAAAUUUUUUCAGAAGAUUCCAAUGGCUCUUUUCAAAGUACAGAUGCUACCCAGAUCCAUGAUUCUUGUGCAAAGUCUCCUACAACUAGCGAAAGUAAUAUUGUUGUGGAUAAUGACUUUGUCGACUUUCUGGAUGCAUACAAAGACGCAACGGUUGAUAACUUUUGGUCACAGACAUAUGUAGCUGACAUGUCCCACGUUCCAACUGAACUACUUGUUCACUCCGUGGCAGAAUCUGAAUGUUUUACUCCAAUAUAUGAUGAUUUGUGGGGUCAAAGUUAUUUGUACCAUGAAAAUCAUCAUGGUUUAUUCCGAUGAACAAAAUUACUACUCCAUCUCUAGAGAUCUAUAGUUUUGAGAGUGUUAGAGUUGGUGAUUCCGAUUCUUGAUCCAACCUAAAUGGAUGAACCUUUAUAGUUUUGGGUUAGGGGUUUGUAUGUACUUAAAGAAUAGUAUUGUAGCAGUUGCUCUGCUAUAUUUCUAGAUCUCUUGUACCAAGUUUUGAUAUAUUGAAUUGCUUCUGCUUUACUUUUGA